AAAGCCCCAUUUGCGAAAUGCCUAUAUAUACCACUCUCACCAAAGCUUCUCGCAACAAAUACUGAAACUUGCAAGAAAAUUGAUGAUAUCAAUCAUUAACAUCAUCUAUUUCUACUUCUCUUUUGCUAUUACUUGCACAUCUUUCAUUUCAUCGAUUCUCUCUGCAUGGUAUUGACAGUAAAUAAAUAAGCAUUUCCUACCUUUUUCAAGUUGCGUCUUCUUUUAUACCAAUAAGGUUAAUCAUGAGAUUUUCCAUGUCUAUCUGCCAACAAACGCAUCAUCACAUGCUCGACAUUCCUGCUGGCAGACUCAAAAUGGACAUUGUAACUCCUAGGUGGCAGAAAGCAAAGGUGGUGAUUUUAAUAGGGGCAACAGGCACUGGAAAAUCCAGGCUCUCUAUAGACCUGGCAACCCAAUUCCCAGCAGAAAUCGUUAACUCUGAUAAAAUGCAAGUUUACAGAGGUCUUGAAGUAACAACCAACAAAAUCACUGAAGAAGAGAGGUCCGGUAUCCCCCAUCACCUAUUAGGAGAAGUAAAUCCUAAUGCAGACUUCUCAUCAAAAGAUUUUUGCAAUAUGGCUUCGCUUGCUGUUGAUUCUAUUUCUAACAGGGGUCUGCUUCCAAUUAUCGUUGGAGGCUCCAACUCAUAUAUCGAAGCUCUGGUGGAUGAUGAAGAUUUUAGAUUCCGAUCAAAAUAUGAGUGUUGCUUCUUGUGGGUGGAUGUGUCAUUGCCUGUGUUAAACGAAUUCCUUUGCAAAAGAGUCGAUGAAAUGGUCAGCAAUGGAAUGGUUGAUGAGGUGAGGAACAUCUUCGACCCUUACGCAGAUUACUCCAAAGGAAUCAGGAGAUCGAUCGGGGUCCCGGAGCUGGACAAGUACUUACGAGCUGAAGCAUUUUUGAACGGAGAAAAUAGCGACAGACUACUUGUCGAAGCAAUACGUGAGAUUAAAAAUAACAACUGCAAGUUAGCUCGUCGGCAAUUGGAGAAAAUCCGGUGCCUGAAAAACGUCAAGGGGUGGAACCUUCAUCGGAUUGAUGCCACUCAGGUAUUCCGGAACCGUGGAAACAAGAAAGGUGAGGAGGCGUGGAAGAAGCAAGUGACCAUACCCAGUAGUGCCAUUGUUAGAGAAUUUCUCUACAGUAGUGUUACAGCCGCGAAGGUCCCUGCUGCUGCUGCUGCCGCCGCCGCCGCCGCCGCCGCCGCAGGAAUCAACAAAGAUUAUAUUGCACAAUGUCUUGUCUCCUAAAUUAAAUACAAAUGUUAUACAUAGGCUUACUAUUAUUUUUAUAUAAAUUAAGAGGUUAUUAUAUUUAAGUAAUAAAUUUUACUUUCUCUUCA